AUGUUUAGACGCAAGAAGACACAAAAGCCGCCGCCGCCGCUGACCAAGAUCCUGGAGGUAUACAACGAAACCGCUGCGCUUUCCCUGAAUAACCUAAGCCUGGAACAAAACAAGCGGCCAGCGGAAGCCCUUCAAGGCUGGAAAACUCUCCAUAACCUUCUUGUUGAGAGAUUGGAAGCUCUGGAUGGUCAUAUCACGGGAUUGGAGCUGACAGACGAAGAAGCCUAUGUUCUGGACGAAAUCCGCAUAUUACAGGCUCAGGCUGAUGACCAUCUCGUAAGGCUCGUGGGGGUCCUCGAAAGUCAGCCACAGUUACAAGCGAGCCCGUCGAAAAGGACAUUUGCGGCCUCCACCUCCAGCUCCAACAUGAAUGUGCCGACUUUGCGAACCAGUAACCCCCAACCAAUGAACACGAAGAAGUCCGCGCCACGGCCUUUGAUGAAGACUCUCCGCGGAAAUGGAUCUAACCCAAGUGUUGCGGCGGCUUCCAGCACGAAUGCUGGUGCCAAACAGGCAGCUAACGCUAUUUGGAACGACGAACCCCAUCGUGUGUGGUCUCCAUCUACUAGCUUGUCCGCGGGAAAGUCAUAUUCGACUCCGGAGGACGCCUUUCGUGAUUUUGACAGUGUCUCUGAGCGGGAUACGGCUGAUGCUCGUGCUGAGACCUUUGAGAUGCUGGAGAAUACUGGUAAUUCGUCUCGAGUUACCCGCAAGAUUGCGUCCAAGUCUCACAAGAGCGAGGAGGACUUGCUGGAUCUGAAGUCUGCAUUCACGUCUCUGGCCGUCAGCAAGUCUCAUCCCAAGCCAAAACAGAAACCGCAGUCACAACCACAGCCUCAAUCUCAGCAGCGACCUGCAAUGUCUGCCAACUCGGCGAACGCCCUCAAGAAAUCCGCAGCGGUGAAGCCUAUUUCGAACAUCAGACAGACGCGAUCUCCACAGCCUCCUCAUCAGAGACAACCAAUCAAAAGUACGCCUGUGGACCGUUCCCAUGCUGCUACAAGUGCAAAGUUGGUUACCCAGCAGAAUGCCCGGCCUCGGCCUGCACAAUCCACUGCUCAGACACCAGUCCAGUCCCAGAGCCAUGCUCAAGCUCAAUCCAAGCCUCAGUCACAGCCACAAUCCCAAUAUCAGUCUCAGUCUCAGUCUCAAUCGCAAUCGCAGCCGCAAUCUCGCACCGUUCGCGUUCCAGCACAAUCCAGGUCGCGUACUCCUGUUAGAGUGGUAGACGAUGGCCUUUUGAAAGAUACCGAAACACUCGAACAGAGUGACGACAGUGAGGGCGAGGAUGUGGACGAAGACAAGCUGAUUGCGUCCCUACGCGGAGUGGAUCCACUUGCUGCCAAACAGAUCAUGAACGAGAUCAUUGUUCAUGGCGAUGAGGUGUAUUGGGAUGAUAUCGCUGGACUGGAAAGUGCCAAGAACUCCCUCAAAGAGACCGUGGUGUAUCCAUUUCUACGUCCUGAUUUGUUUAGUGGAUUGCGUGAGCCUGCCAGAGGAAUGCUGCUGUUUGGCCCACCGGGAACGGGAAAGACGAUGCUGGCGCGUGCGGUUGCAACCGAGUCCAAAUCUACGUUCUUUUCGAUCUCAGCAUCUUCGCUGACAUCCAAGUAUCUCGGUGAGUCCGAGAAACUUGUGCGGGCACUCUUCCAGCUGGCCAAGAAGCUGGCUCCUUCCAUCAUUUUUGUGGACGAGAUUGACUCGCUGCUGUCUUCGCGGAACAACGAGGGAGAGAACGAAUCAAGUCGUAGAAUCAAGAACGAGUUUUUGGUCCAAUGGAGUGAUUUGACCAAAGCUGCUGCUGGUCGUGACCAAGGGGAGGAUGCUCAACGUGUUUUGGUAUUGGCAGCUACGAAUUUGCCAUGGGCGAUCGACGAGGCCGCUCGUAGGCGUUUUGUGCGGAGACAGUACAUUCCGUUACCGGAGUAUGAGACCCGCAAAGUGCAGCUGCUUAAGCUUCUCUCGUUCCAGAAUCACACUUUGAGUGAGUCUGACUUUGAGAAGCUGAUUGCCAUGACGGAGUCGUUUUCUGGUAGUGAUAUCACUGCUUUGGCCAAAGAUGCGGCCAUGGGUCCGCUCCGUGAGCUUGGUGACAAACUGUUGCUUACGCGAAAGAGCGAAAUCCGGCCUAUUUCGCUCGUGGACUUUGUCAACUCAUUGACGUAUAUCCGUCCUAGUGUUUCCAAGGAGGGACUUUUGCAGUUCGAGGAUUGGGCUGAGAAGUAUGGGUCCUCGGGUGUUUGA